AUGCCGCGCGGCUUCCUCGUCAAGCGCAGCCGGCGCCCCGGAGGCUCCUACCGGGCUCGCCCGCGGGAGCGGGACGCGGACCGGGACCUGCCGCCCGCCCCUCCGCCGCCGCCACCGCCGCCACCCUCCGCUGGGGACAGCCCCACCGCUAGACAGGGGGCGGAGGAGGAGGAGGAGGGCGAGGAGGAGGAGGGCGCCGCCGCCGCCGCUUGCCCCGCGACGUGGCCCCCCGGCGGCGGCUGCGGCGGCCCCGGGGUCACUCCGCCGGAGGGUCCGGCCGCCUGGGGGGUGACGGGGCCGUGCAGCGUGGCGGGGCCGCGGGCGGCUCUCUUCGAGAGGUGCCUCAGCUCCCCCGCCUCCGCCGAGUCCUUCCCCCUGGCCGCCUCCUUCCCGCCCGCCGAGAAGCUGCUGCUGCAGCCGCGCACACCCCUGCCCGCCCCGCCGCCGCCGCCGGUGCCCGCGCUGAAGCGGCCGUCGCGGGCCAAGGCGCCGGCCAAGAAGGGCAAGGCCACGCGGAAGCUGAGCUUCGCCGACGAGGUGACCACCUCGCCCGUGCUGGGGCUGCGCAUCAAGGAGGAGGGGCCCGAGGGCCGGCCGGGGCCGCCGGCGGGUCGCACGCCGCUGGGCGAGUUCAUCUGCCAGCUGUGCAAGGAGCAGUACGCGGACCCGCUGGCGCUGGCCCAGCACCGCUGCUCCCGCAUCGUGCGCGUCGAGUACCGCUGCCCCGAGUGCCACAAGAUCUUCAGUUGCCCCGCCAACCUGGCAUCUCAUCGCCGCUGGCACAAGCCGCGUCCCGGCCCCAGCAUCGACGGCGCCGCCGCCGCCCUGCCGGGCAAGGAGAACAGCCCCGAGCGGCGGCUCCGCGGCCCCGCCGCGCCCCCGCCACAGCCCCCGACGCCGACCCGUCAGCACCGCGGCGGCGUGGACAGCGCCGGCGGCGUCCCCGCCGCCCCCGGUUCCAGCCCCGGCCCAGCUCACGGCGGUGGUUCCGGCCCCGGCGGGGAGGCGUUCGCCUGUCCCUGCUGCCAGAAGCGGUUCCGGCGGCAGGCUUACCUCCGCAAGCACCUGGGCACCCACGGGGCAGCGCGGCCGGCCGCCUUCGGCCCGCCGGAGCGAGGGCCCCUAGCCUUCGCUUGCCACCUCUGCGGCGCCCGGUUCCCCUCGGCGGACAUCAGGGACAAGCACCGGCUGUGGCACGCCGUGCGGGAGGAGCUGCUGCUGCCGCCACCGCCGCCCGCCAGCGUCCCCGAGGGCGGCGCGGCGGGCGGCGAGCGGCAGGGCUUCCCUUGCAAGCACUGCCCCGCCACCUUCUUCAGCGCGCCCGGGCUGGCGCGGCACGCCAGCAAGUGCCACCCGCCGGAGAGCAGGCAGGUCCUGCUGCUCCAAGUGCCCGUCCGGCCGGGCUGCUAG